AUGAUAGCAGAGUUGCAAAGAUACCGUGAGCGUUUUGGAGAUCAAAUGCGUGAAGAAUCCGCUGAUGGAACACCACGCCAGGCUGAUGCUCGCGGGAAUGUACCGGGCGUUGGAGUGCAUCACCGCCAUCCGCCUCCGCCUCCACCGUUUGUGCCAGUUCAUGUUCAUGGACCCUCAUACUGGGAAGUGAUGAAGUACAUGAGGGACAUGCAAAUGGAUCGUUUCAGUGGGAAGGCCAGUGCCACCUCUGCAAAUAACUGGAGGAGGAAGCUGGAGAAGAACUUGGAUGCAGCCAGGUGCCCAGCCAAGUUUCGUAGGGAAUUGGGUGUGCAUUACCUGAAAGACGAAGCCAUGAUAUGGUGGGAAGGUGUGGUGGAAUUAGCGCGAGGACACUAUGAAUUGACUUGGGAGGAAUUUAAGGAUGAGUUCACCCGUGAGUAUGUUCCCCCUGAGGCCACAUACAUGAUGGAGAGCGAAUUUGAGAAUCUGCGUCAAGGAAACAAGACGGUGAAAGAUUAUAAGGAGGAAUUCAAUCGUCUCAGGAGGUUUUCUCGCAGGCGUAUGGAGGAGCGAGACCUGAUCCGCAAAUUCAUGAAUGGACUAAGGGUUGAUUUGAAGAACAGAUGUGCCCUUAGGAAGUAUGACCGUUUGGCCGAAAUAGUGGAAACAACAGCUUUUCAAGGAAUAGGCUUGGAAGAGGAAAGCAAGCUCGCAAGGAACACUAAGCCAAAGACGGCCAAGUGUAAUCAACAUGGACACACCAAAAAGGAUUGUAGAUUCCCACCGAAUGUUCGAUGUUACCGUGGUUACAGAGAAGAUCACACUUCUAGUGCAUGUCCUCUGCCGCCGCAAGGAGCACCAAAAGCCGGAGCACCACAACAGGGAACCAGGCGCAAUGAGCAGUUGCCACCACCAAAGAAGCAAGCUGUGGGUGGGCGAGCCUUCGUAGUCGGGGACCACGAAGGAGGAGAACCGAUUAUUGGAUCGGUUUUAGUUGGGGGAAUAAAUGCCCACACCUUGUUUGAUACUGGCGCAACACAUAGUUUUGUGUCUCCGACCUUGACAAAGUGUUGGAACUUUGAGGGCAUGUUCCUUUCGAACGCCAAAGGAAUAGAAACCGCAGGGACCGAGUUAAUGAGGUCUACUGGUACGUAUGAGGAUGUCCCCAUCGUCAUAGAAGGCAUUGAGCUUAAAGGAAAUUUGGUGGAGAUGGAGUUAAACCACUACGAAGUGAUCUUAGGAAUGAAUUGGUUGACAUACCACAAGGCCGUGAUGGAUUUCCCAAAGACGCGUGUCUACAUCCCUAGGACUUAA